UCUUACCAUAUUUAGCUCUGUUUUGUUUGGUUCCGUUUUAGUAAAGAUAUUGAGAAAAGCAAAGUUAUUAUCCAAAGAGAGCAUGAGUCCUUUAGUUCUUGCACUCGCUUUCUUGCUGUCAAGUGUCUGUCUUGCUCAGGAAAGUGCUUUCUUCUCCGGAAACCUCAGUGACUCUGACACGAUCGUUUCCAGCCUUGGCACGUUCCGGUUCGGUUUCUUCACCCCUGUUAACUCCACAAGCCGGUACGCGGGUAUAUGGUACAACAACAUUCCUGUACAAACUGUGAUAUGGGUUGCUAAUAAAGAUACCCCCAUCAACGACUCCUCUGGAGCUAUCUCUGUGUCGGAAGAUGGAAACCUCGUUGUCAUGGAUGGCCAGAGACGUGUCCUAUGGUCAACCAACAUCUCUACUCAAGCCCGUUCCAACUCUACUGUCGUCGCUGAGCUUAUGGAUACAGGGAACCUCGUGCUGAAAGAUGACAACAGCGAAACGACUCUCUGGGAGAGUUUCAGGCACCCUACUGAUUCUUGGUUACCGAACAUGGUUGUCGGGACAAACGCAAGAGCCUCAGGAGAGAACAUCACGAUAACUUCAUGGAAAAGCCCUUCGGAUCCUUCUCCAGGGAGCUACACCGCUGCACUCGUUCUCGCUGCGUAUCCUGAGCUAUUCAUCAUGAACAAGGAUGAUAAUAACGCUACCGUGUGGCGCAGUGGUCCUUGGAACGGCCAGAUGUUUAAUGGUCUACCAGAUGUGGAACCAGGAGUCAUAUUCCUUUUCAGAUUCACGGUUAACGAUGACACCAAUGGAUCAGUCACCAUGUCGUAUGCUAAUGACUCCACUUUGAGAUACUUGUACAUGGACUACAGAGGAUCUGUGAUCAGGAGGGACUGGAGUGAAGCUAGGAGAAACUGGACGGUGGGGUUACAAGUUCCAGCAAGCGAGUGUGAUAUCUACAGAAGAUGUGGUCCGUUCACUACUUGCAACCCACGGAAGACCCCGCCGUGUUCUUGCAUCAAAGGGUUUACGCCAAGGAGCCUCAUAGAGUGGAACACUGGAAACUGGAGUGGUGGAUGCAUAAGAAGGACACCGUUGCAGUGUGAGAGACAGAACAAUAACGGAAGUGCUGAUGGGUUUACAAGGCUAAGGAGAAUGAAGCUGCCUGACUUUGCAAUAAGAUCAGAAGCUAGUGAACCAGAGUGUUUAAGGACUUGUUUGCGGAUAUGUUCUUGUAUAGCUUGUGCUCAUGGGUUAGGUUAUGGUUGCAUGAUUUGGAAUGGGAGCUUAGUUGAUUCACAGGAGUUGCCUGCUGGUGGAAUGGAUCUUUAUAUCCGUCUUGCUCAUUCAGAAAUCAAAACUCCGGAUAGACGACCGGUUAUAGUUGGUUCAUCAUUGGCUGGAGGUAUACUUGUUGUGGCAGCUUGUGGUCUCUUGGCAAGACAGCUUGUAAUGAAGAGAAGAGCGAGGAAGAAAGGAAGAGAUGCAGAGCAGAUUUUUAACAGAGUAGAGGCUUUAGCUGGUGGUGAUAAAGCAAAGUUGAAAGAGCUACCAUUGUUUGAGUUUCAAGUGUUAGCUGCAGCAACCAAUAAUUUCUCUCUGAGAAAUAAGCUCGGACAAGGCGGCUUUGGUCCUGUUUACAAAGGGAAAUUGCAAGAAGGGCAAGAGAUUGCUGUGAAGAGACUGUCAAGAGCGUCUGGACAAGGGCUUGAGGAGCUUGUUAACGAAAUGGUUGUGAUUUCUAAGUUGCAACACCGGAACCUGGUGAAGUUACUUGGUUGCUGCAUUGCAGGAGAUGAAAGGAUGUUAGUCUAUGAGUUCAUGCCCAAGAAAAGCUUAGACUAUUAUCUAUUUAACCCGGCAAAGGCCAGACUUCUUGCUUGGGAGACACGGUUUAACAUAAUCAAUGGAAUAUGUAGAGGUCUUCUGUACGUUCACAGAGAUUCUAGGCUGAGAAUCAUCCACAGAGAUCUAAAAGCUAGCAACAUCUUGUUAGAUGAGAAUCUGGUUCCCAAGAUAUCUGAUUUCGGUUUGGCUAGGAUAUUCCCAGGGAAUAAAGAUGAAGCAAACACAAGAAGGGUCGUUGGAACAUACGGCUAUAUGUCACCAGAAUAUGCAAUGGGAGGACUGUUUUCGGAGAAGUCUGAUGUUUUCAGCUUAGGAGUGAUACUCUUGGAGAUUGUCAGUGGAAGAAGAAACUCAAAUUCAACUCUUUUGGCUUAUGCUUGGUCAAUCUGGAACGAAGGGGAGAUUACUGAACUGGUAGAUCCUGUGAUCUUUGACCAAGUCUUUGAGAAAGAAAUAAAGAAAUGCGUUCACAUUGCGCUUUUGUGUGUGCAAGAAUCUGCUAACGAUAGGCCAAGUGUUGCUACAAUGUGUUCAAUGCUCAGCAGCGAGACUGUAGACAUUCCAGAAGCGAAACAGCCUGCUUUUAUAUCAACGAACACUACUCCAGAAGCUGAGUCUUCCGAGAACAGUGAACCUAAAGCCUCCAUCAACAAUGUCACCAUCACUGAUGUUUCAGGACGUUAG